CCAAUAAGACCACACCCAAUCCUUUCGCCUCGGAAUCUCUGAUAGUAUGUUCCUUCUCGGAUUCUCUCUCCCUCUCCUAGCUCGCGCUAUUUUCAGAGCACAGUCUCUGGGGACUGGGAGAGAAGGAGAUCGAUUUGGGUUCUGGUGCUGAGGAUUUUUAGAGUUCCGGUGAGGAUUCCGAUGAACUGACGAAGUCCGACGACGCUCUCAUCUCCUUUCAUCCUCAGCCCAGAUCCACUUUCCUCCUUUACGGAUUUUCCACAUCAAGAUCCUUCUUAUAUUUACUUCUAACGAUCUUCAAUUCUAAACAAAAAAUCUUAGUUUGCAGGUUUGAUUUAAGAGAAAUCUUGGUGUCUUAUCCACUUGCUUAGUCGGACAGAGGACCCUCUGUUGUUGCUUGGAGCUUUGUUUUCUUCUUUAAUCUCGAUCGCCUCUUCGAUUCGGGAAAUCCGGAUUUGAAGCUUUAGUGGGAUUCACCCUCAGCAUACCGAUAAUUGAUAAAAAGGGAUUGUUCCUGGGUUGAUCCACAAACAAGUCUUUUUUUUUUCCUCAUUAUAGGUUGAGCCUCAAUUUUCUUUUUAAAGAAUUGGCUCCUAUUUUUAUUUUUUUAUUGAUCUUUUAUGUGGCUCACAAAUCGGCCUGUCGACGAGCCCCAUCUUCUUUGCUUUACUGAUGCUUUUCUUCCUCCUUAUAUCAUCACUCUCCUUUUUCCUCCUGUUAUCCAAGUCACUUCCCUUGCAGCCUUUCCCUUCAUGGGCAAAAGAAGGUAGAUUGCUUUCGUUCUUGUUUGUGAAAGAAUUCCAUUUGCUUUCUUUGAACUCUGUUAAGUACGUUUUCAAAUCCAUGGCUGCGAAAAAGCAUGCCUCUCGGAUCGAAACCAUAGAGGAUUCGAAUGAGAUUUCUGUUCUAGAUUUGCCCGAGUUGGCCUUGGAGUGUAUUUUGGGGAAGCUUUCUCCUGCCGGCCUGUGUAACAUGGCUGGAGUUUGCAGGUCUUUGAGGCAGAGGUGCAGAAGUGAUUAUUUGUGGGAGAGGCAGAUGAGAGAGAAGUGGGGGAGAGUGAUCGGCAAAACGGCAGAAAGGAAUUGGCAUAAGUAUUUGAAUGCGAGGAAUGAGCCAUCCAUCUGCAACUCUGUUGGAAAGCCAAAGAGGCUAUUUGGAUCCCUCUCACGUCUAUGUUCUCUUUCCUGGCUCAAGUUUAGGCUUGAUGGAAGUAGAAAGCUUAAGAGCCCUUUGCCUGACGACUCCAUCAUGUCAUGGUAUUUGUCUCUUGAGAGUGGCAAAUUCUGGUUCCCAGCUCAAAUCUACAACCGGGAGCAGGGGCAUGUUGGUUUUAUGUUGUCAUGUUAUGAUGCAGAGCUAAGUUAUGACUGUAACACAGACACCUUCCAUGCCAAGUAUCCACCUCAUGGACGCCGGACCAUUGUAAUGGAGGAAGGAGUAGAGUGGGACAGAAUAAGAGCACCACCUAUUGACACUCUCGCACAUGAUCUACACAUCUCUGAUUGCCUUCAUGAUCUGCAUCCUGGCGACCAUAUUGAGAUCCAGUGGAGAAGGAACAAAGAAUAUCCUUAUGGCUGGUGGUAUGGAGUAGUAGGACACCUGCAACUGUGUGAUGGAAAUGAGCAUUUCUGCCGCUGUCAUAGUUCUGAAACUAUUAUCUUGGAGUUCAACCAGUAUACUCCAGGUUCGAGGUGGAGGCAAGCAACAAUAAACAGAAAGGAUCAUCGUGAAGAAGGUAAUGAAACCGAUGGAUUUUAUGGAGGAAUCAGAAAACUCUAUUCCAAGGAUGAAAUCUCUACAUGGAGGCAGCUUUGGCCAGCAGACAUACUGGAGUAAGGCCUUAUAAUCUUCUAUGCUUCAUCUCUUUGAUGCUUCUCCAAAUUUGUAAAAUACAAAGUUUCCUCGAUGUCUCAGCAUCAAAGCCUAGAUAUUUAGUCUGAAGUUGUAAAUGUGCAUUAAGAUGUAGAACUCAGAGAAGAUUAUAUAAAAUUCUGUAUUUUGCCCAGCUGAUUCCAUGUUUCUAUGAUGAUUUGGGAGAUAAAAUACCACUUUUUUGUACGUGAAUUUCUCUGCAAAACUGCUGUUGUAAUUUAUGAAAGAAAUCGGACUUAAAUUCAUGAACUUA